UGUUAUCCAGCACUUGAAAUGCGGUCGUAUGUGGACUGAAAAAUAAUCCUUUGCUCGCGGUAUACUCUUCGAUUAUCGAGUGGUGCAGUAUUCUCCAUCCGAUCAGCGGGCGGGGAGGGUUGACAGUGUCUCAUAACGAGUCAAUAUUCCGUCGCUCGAACACAAUCAUCUCGUCACUAUACGCAUGCGAUUCGGUGCCGUGAGGAUCAUUUUUCGGGAUCUUAGGCUCGGAGCACGCAGAAAUACUGCCGAUAUACUUUGCCGCAAUACACCUGAGUAAUACAACACGGAUAUUAUUGGUGCCAUUCGACCACGGUGGCCAUAUAUUAAAUAUAAAUCGGUCAUUCGAGUAUUAUCACGUUAUCGCGUACUCAAGCGUUGUUUUUUUUUUUUGGAGGGGAGGGGGGUCGAAGAAACACGAGUAAGUAUAAUAUUGUAGUUUACUCACCCCCAUCAGCACCGAAGAUUUCUGCGCGGCGAUGUCGGCGAGUGACGAUUACGUCGUCCGGAAAUGGACCACGUUGCGACGGAACUUCUUGCCCAGAAUGUCGCCGGCGGCCCUCCAGUUGUCCGUCGGCCGAGCGGCGACCGUGGCGAAAUCGUCGUGCGUACUUAUCGACGAGUACACCAGCCACAGCACGGUGCACGGAAUGCGAUACAUAUCCAAAGCCAGUCUGUUGGAGAAAAUUUUUUGGAUUACAAUGUUAACCAUUUGUGGACUUUCGGCAUGUUAUAUUGGAGACGAGUUAUGGCUCAAGUUCCGUUCCAAACCUACACAACUGGCAGUUAAAGACACCCAUGUGCCUUUGUACGAGUUUCCAUUCCCCUCUAUUACCAUCUGUCCAGCAAUCAAGGUUAAAAAGACAAAAGGUCUUGAAUACUUUUCAAGGUUUAUCCGUAUCGACAACGAUACAGUACGAACUGGAUUAUUGAAUAUAAUGAGCGCCUUAUCGACGAUGCAACAGCCGACUUAUUUUCGAAUGGCGGAGUACGUGGAUAAGUCCAAACACUUGUUUCCCUUCCUCAGAGAUAUAAACUUGACUGAUUUUAUGUUGACGACCCUGCCAACAUGUGAUGAACUAUUUGGCCGGUGCAAAUGGCACGGCGAAAAGAUUUCGUGCUGCGAAGAGUUCUCCCUUCAGAGGACUGAGGAAGGAUUUUGUUAUUCAUUCAAUUCGCUGACUUCCGAAGCUGGAAAACACUGUCCUCUUUCCGAAGUUUUAGAAAACGAAGGCAUCGAAGAAGAAGAUGACUAUAUGUAUCCUGGAUGUCAACUGAGGAGAAAUACCGCCGUAGGUACGGUCACAGGUCUAGAAGUGUUUCUGUAUGAAACAAAUAUGUCUGAAUCGUUGGGCCUGGGACAGCGUGACAUAGACGGCGCUAGGAUCAUGAUCCACACGUCGUACCAGUUUCCAAAUGCGGGAGACGGUAUAUGGUUGAGGUCUGAACAGGGCCGACGACUGAACAUCAUGAUUUCGCCUGUGAUAACCGUGACCAGCAAUCGGGUAAAAGAUCUGAGUGUGGCGGCUAGGGGCUGCGUAUUUCCGGACGAGAGGGAGUUGUACAUCUAUCACGUAUACACGCAGAGUUCGUGUCUGAUCCAGUGUCGCAUGGAAUUCAUAUUGUACACGUGCGGUUGUCACAUGUAUUUUUUCAUAACACCCGAUGACGGAAAACCAAUGUGUGGUAUACCAGAUAUACCUUGUAUAAAUCAUAAUACCCGUCAUAUUAGAAUGUUAACUCCACCGAAAGGUACUCCUGGUUUCGAGGCUCGACUCAUACGCGAUUCGCUGGAUUGUUCACAAUGCAUACCUACUUGUUACGAGACAACGCAUGAAAUUGAGAUGGAGUCAUCUCCUGAUCAAAGAACGUCCGUUUGGAAGUCGUUCAGCUAUUUGGACGUGGCGUAUGGAAACUUGGGUUCCAAAAAAUAUCAAAGGGACAUAACUUUUGCUUGGACGGAUCUUUUGGUAGCACUGGGCGGUGUCGCCAACUUGUUUUUGGGGUUCAGCAUAUUGAGCGUAGCCGAAUUCAUUUAUUGGACCCUGAAAAUAUGUGUCAACUCAUUUAUUAGACUACGCAAAUAGUUAGUAUAUAGCUAGGUACCACCUUUAUAUUAUAUUGUAAAAACAUAUCAUUAUAAUAAACGAAU